CGUGACGCCCGGGCGCGCCCUGCCCAGCCGGCGGCAGCGGCGCCGCCUCCUCCCGCUGCGGCCGCGCGGCUCGGGCUCGGGGCGAUGGGAUCCAGGGCGGAGGUGCUGCCGCCCGCGGACUGCGGCUGCGAGGGGGACCCCGGGGCGCAGGAGCAGGUCGGUGCCGCCCAAGCCCGGCGGGAGCAGCAGGUCCAGCAUGAACAAAGAAACCACACCACUGAACCAGUUGUAGAUGACUAUAAAAAAAUGGGGACUCUGUUUGGAGAACUAAACAAAAGCCUUAUCAGCAUAGGCUUCACAAGGAUGUAUUUUGGAGAGCGGAUUGUGGAACCCGUAAUAAUCAUAUUCUUCUGGAUUAUGCUCUGGUUCCUUGGUUUACAAGCUCUUGGACUCGUUGCUGUUCUGUGCCUUGUUAUUAUUUAUGUGCAACAAUAGUGUGUGGUAGAUGGCUUCUUGGAUGACCUGUUACCGCUGUGUCACAUUUUGAUGGUUAUAUGUUGAAGCACAUAAGUGGCAUAUUAAAGGUGCAGUGUCCCAAAUCAUGUUUCACAUGCAUGAGGAGGGUCUUUGGGGGGCGAGGUUCAGAAUAACAUAGAAAGAAAGUCGGUUCUAGCACAUCUUCAAAAGAAAGGGGAAACAAUACGUUCUUAAUGGUACUAUCCAAAGUAACUUGUUACUUCCUGGAAUUUUGUGGGCUCAGUCCUAUUUAAUACAGCAUAAAAUCCAAAUAAAAUUGGGCAACUGCUUUUCCAUGGCAUGUCUGGCUUUUUUUAAUUGACAUUUCCUAUCUAGUGGCAAUUCCUCUCUUUCUGAUUUUAAGAGGUUGUUUGGAAUGAGAUUUCUUUUCUUUUCUUUCUUAAAAAAAUACUGUUUGUUCAGAAAGCCUCAAAUCUAAAAUCCGGUCAACUACCUGAAUAACAAACCAGAGUGCAUGCAGACAUCUUAAUGUUGUAGGAGUUACUAAAUUACAAAAGGUUUGCCAGAGCUUCCAGAGAGAAACAAAGCUGUACCAACAAAAACACCUUUAUAGUUGGUAUAAUUUCAACAACACUAGACUUCUGCUGUUAUAGAAUGCCGUGCAUGAAUUGCAACCCCAGCUGACAUUAAGGUACUGACAAAUAUUUCUAGUCAUAAUCUGGUCUGUUUGCCCACAGGUAUUUGGCUAAUUUUACAGUAGGUGGAAGCCUUGUUUUUUUACAGUAUCGUAGACAGCUCUGGCCCUAGAAUAAGGUACGAGUGAUUAUAUUCGUAGGACUCUAUAGCUACAUUCCAACUGCAUUCUUACUCAGAUCUGGUUUGAAAGUAACUGUCUACAGCAUCAGUAUCUAAGCAUAAAUAUCCAAGACCAAGAUGUAUAUUCUGUACAAUUAUUGAAAUUUGUAAAAUCCACUUUGGUUGUAUAGGUAGGGCCUGAUCUUGACCCAUACUAAGUUAAGUGAGUGCAGAGUGUGGAACAGUAUUAAGGAAAAAAAGAAAUGAGACAGAAUCCUUCACAAAAUGGGCGGCCAUUCUUUCAAAAAUAGUAUUUAGGAAGUAAUUGAAAUGCAGUUGGCGCUGCCCAAAGGUAGCAAUGAAAACAUGCAUAGACUAUGACAAAAUACAGUUUAAAGGCCAUAAGAUUUUUACUUGUGCUUUUUUACAAAUAUUUUUGGAGUGACAGACCUCAACAAUGUAUAGUUUUACUUAAUUAGAAAUGAUGGGUCUAAUCCAAAAACCACUGAAAUCAACAAAAACAUUCCUUGUGGUCCCAGUCCCAAAGGUUUAGGGAACUUAAAGGUAGAUUCUCCUGUCCACAUGGAUCCCUGUGGAGUCUCUGGUUUGCAUAUGUGGAUUGCAUGGAAGAAUCAUUACUUAUAAACAUGUACUGCCAUUAAGAUCAAUUAUCGGUCAUGCUGGUAGAUACAAGGCCCGGUUCUCUAAAGGUAUUUCAUUUCCUAACUACCAUCUACAAAAAGGUGGCUCUUGGCUUUGUGAAAUCAAUGGGAGUUGGGUGUCUAAGUACAUUUAGAGCAUUUUGGUAAUGAUGCUGAUGAUAUGGGAAUAUACUACAGCAUAAAAUAUUCAUAGAUAUGUCUUUUGUCAACUGCUGCUGGAAGUUGAAAAGCUAAAUGCAAAUACAGUAUGAUCUUAAUGGCAAGCUCUGGACUCACAAGUGCCUAAGGGUAAAUAUUUAAGUAUAUCCUUUUGGAAAAGUAAAAUAGACAUUGUACAUUUUGCAUAUUGAAUGUGUUUUUUGUGUAUGUCUGUAAAAGGGCUCUAUUCUAAAAAUCUUAUAAUUUUCUAAUUUCAGGCCAAAAAUUUCAUCCUUUACUAAUUUCAGCCCACCCCCCCUCCAUGUAAGUUGCAAGUUAGCGUUCAGCGAAUUUCACCCUUUUCUCUCAUCUGGUAAAAGUUAACAUCUUGCAGGAUAUCCUUAGUGCUGCAAUGGUGUACAUACUGUAUUAGACUGUAUAUUGUGAUGCACAUUGUACUAGUUUUCUGAAAUAAAAGGAAACCUUCCUGUGGUUUCCUGUGUUAAGGGAAAGUGAAGCUAAUUGAUCACAGACAAAAAUGAAGCAGGGACAACAAUAUAGAUCUCUUACUUUAUUAUAUGCAUGCUGUUUGUGAUUAUUACAUGCAUUAACAUUCAUCCCAGACAUUCUCCUGGCUUUUUUUUUUAAUGAGCUAUCAUUUAGAGCACCAGUGGCCAACCUAUGGCACGGGUGCCACAAUUGGCAUGCACAGCCUCUGCAUGUGUUAGAUUGGACAGUGAACCAGCAGCACGAUGACAGAUCAGGCAGGAAUCAGAAAACAAGCAUUAGAUCAGGCAGGGAGCACAGGGCAGGGAGCAGAAAGCAGAGCAACAGAUAGGGAAAGGGAUCAGAAUGGCACUUGGGGAGGGUACAGGUCUAAUUUGUGGCAUUCCCACUGAUUUAGACGUUCCUUUUUUUUCUUUUCUGCUUCAGUAAUUUCCCCUGCUUCUCUUCUUUACAUUCUCUCACAUAGGAGGGUUCCAUACAGAACACUCUGCUUUAAUCUCUGUAUGCUACAGCUAUAAUUUUAUUUUCCUUACUGUUUUUGGAGGGUAAGCCAAGGAGACAGCUCUGUUGUUUUGAAAAUGGGGUUGUGUGCGCAAAGAGAGUGAAACAAACAUGUACAUUAAAAAAUUAAUGUGAAUUAGUCAAAUGCUAUAAAGAAAUGGAUGAAGCCUACUCGCACUGUUUUUUCCUCAGAACUGUAGGUUGAAGUCAGUGGGAUUGUUUGGUAUGCAAAGAAUGUAGAUUUAGUGCACAGUCUAAAAAUAAAGGAUAAAUACAAUUGUAAUAUUUUGUUUGGCUAGAAGGAGUAUUGUAUCUUAGAAGUUGAGACCCUUAAGGUCUCCUCCGGUUCUAUGAAACGAUAAUGAUGACUUUUCAUUUUUAAUGUUAAUAGUUACGAUAUUUAUUAAUUCUAGCUCCAGCUAUGUACAUGCAUAUACAAGUGUAUGUAGAAGUUACAUCCCUCAAAUAUUUAUUACAGAACAAAUUACAUAAUCCUUAUUGGUCAGAAGUUUUCCAGGCAGCUCUCCUGUUUUUUUAAAAAUGGACAUUUUAGUACAUGUAUCUGAGCCUUCCGAUGUGUAAAUGCUUGAUUAUUGUGUACAGUUUGCAUUGGAAAAGGUGCCACAUUAAAACUGUUCAUAAGAGAGAAAUCUUGUUUCUAAAAAUAUCUGUGUGAAAUAUGAUUGAAAGCACUUUGUUAUUCUUUCUAAUAAAAGAUAUUCUGUCAUCACUCA